GGUUAUUUAUUUUUUAUAAUAAAUAACAUUUUAUAUAUAUAUAAAUUUUAAUACAUUAAAUUGAAAAACAUGUCGGAUGGAGAUUUGGAUGAAUUGCGCGCAAAGCGCAUGGCACAAUUUGGCGGCGGCGGUGGCAGCGAUGCCGAAAAACAACAGGCCCAACAGGAACAGAUGCGCGCCCAGGAGGAAAUGAAGCACUCAAUUCUCUCCCAAGUGCUCGACCAACAGGCACGUGCACGCCUCAACACACUGAAAGUGAGCAAGCCGGAAAAGGCGCAAAUGUUCGAGAACAUGGUCAUACGCAUGGCCCAAAUGGGCCAGGUGCGCGGCAAACUGGAUGACGCCCAAUUCGUGAGCAUCCUGGAGAGCGUCAAUGCACAAAUGCCACAGAGUAAAUCCACCGUCAAGUACGAUCGUCGCCGUGCGGCCAUAGACAGCGAUGACGAUGAGGACUAUGGCUGCUGAUUUUGGCUGGUAUCUAAAAUCAACCAAAACCUAACUUAAGUUUUCCUUGUACACAACCGAAUAGAAAUCGAAACAAACGUGCUUUACAGAUUCUACGA